AUACCCCAGCAGCUCCUGUCUACUGGCGCCGACUGGGAGAAACUUGGCCACAAGGAGCUGGGGAGGAAGGGCUGCCAGAGGAGGUGUCAGCAUGCUGUCUGCUUUCCAGUUUCAAUGCCACUUUGUUCUCAUCUUCCUGGCAGCCUCCAAGGGGCAAACCAGAUACCUAGAGGUGAGGGAUGCUGGUGAAGACGAGCCCUUCUUACUCCUCAGUGAAGAUCUGAAGCGAGAGCUGUCUGCAAGGCAGAUCUACCGGCGGUCGCUCCGAUGCAUUGACAUGCUGAGUAUAGAGGGGCAGUUCACUUUCACCGCAGAUCAACCGCAGAUGCACUGUGCGACCUUUUUCAUCGGGGAACCUGAUGAGCUCAUCACAAUAGAAUACAACUUUGUAAGCAUCGACUGUAAAGGGGGUGAUUUCCUGAAGGUAUUUGAUGGCUGGAUACUCAAAGGAGAGAAAUUUCCCAGUUGCUUGGACCAUCCCCUCUCCACUUCUGAAAGAUACUUAGACUUUUGUGAAACUGGCAACAUUCAGAGGAGCAUGAAGUCAUCACAGAAUGUGGCAAUGAUCUUCUUCAGGAUUCACCAGCCAGGCAACGGAUUUACUGUCACAGUCAAGAAAAGCAUCAACCCUUUUCCUUGCAACAUCAUGUCUCAGACUCCCACAGGAAGGUUUACCAUGGUCGUUCCUCAUCAGCACAGAAACUGCAGCUUCUCCAUAAUAUACCCAGUGGUAAUGAAAAUAUCUGACCUUAUCUUGGGACAUUUAAAUGGCCUCUUUUCAAAGAAACAACCAGAAGGCUGUUCAGGAGUGGGAGAUUAUGUACAAGUGCUGGGAGGAACUGGCUUAGACCCAUCCAAGAUGUUUCCACUAGCUGAUUAUUGUCAAUCCUUUCACGGAUCUGCCCAAAUGAAGAUUGGCUGUGACAAUACUGUGCUGAGAAUGGUCUCCAGUGGCAAAUACAUCAACCGUGUGACAUUUGAAUAUCAUCAACUUGAUCUGCAGCAAAUAGAAAAUGGGAAGAACAGCAUCGAGGAGUUCUGUGUGCCUAGUAUUGGAUAAAACAGGCCACAAAUUUUCACAUAGCUAAUGAAAGGAAGGUUCUGGUUAAUUAAAAACAUGUAUACUUUCUUUAACCAGCUGGUAUUAUUGAGCCUUUGUAUGAUACAAGCAUAUUUCUCUGUCUUAUUUUCAUACAAAUCAGUUAUUCCCAUGAGCAAGCAGGAAAAAGCAACAAAUAUACUAGUCUUAGUUUUUAUCAUUUUUUUUCUGUAGUAUUUAAGCUCAUUUACAAUAUUCAAAAUCAAUAGAAAGAACAGAAGGCUAUGUUUCUCAUAUAAAUAUUAUCAGGAAAACAGACAAAGUCCCUCUGUGUAUCUAGUCUGAGGGCAUAUGAAAUCCACAAUAAGUAUAAACUUCAUGCAGCAAUUUAAUCCUUUUAUAUCAAGUACAAAGAAAAAAAUAGAGGGUGGAAUACACUUCCAUUUUGUAAGAGGAAACCCAGCAUUAGUGAGUGUAAAAACUACUGUUUUGUUUAUGACCAUAAAUGUAUUGUUUCUAAAACCAGAUUUUUAAUAAAAAUUUAUAGCAUGGAAACUUCCUUACACAAAUCCAAACAUAAAUAAAUACACUCAAAGAGUUGGCAAAA